UCUCCCUGCCCUGCUUAAGGCAGGGUAGGGAUAUCAGACGCAUACACAUAAAAGCAGGUGUCCUUCUCUUUCUCCCCUUUUGUGAUGGAGAAAGAAGACACCUUCGACAACAAUAAUGAACAAGAACCUGUCUCCCCCUCGCUGAAACAGAAGAAGAUGAAGAAGAAGAAGAAUGGCCCACUGAACCUGAUCAAGAUAGCGCUGUUUAUGCUACGACACCGGUCGGCCGGAAAGUCUAACUCCGUCCAUGUUGGGGUUGCUACCAAGAGCCUAUGGAAGAGACUUCUGGGUGCAAUGCGCCUCUUGCAACUCCACCACCAAUCCCCACUGCCGCCCAUAACCAUUGAAAACAACCCCACAACAGUGGAAGCUUUCCAGGACGUGCACCCUCAACCCUCCUCGUUGCCGUUGCCGCCCAAGUCAACUACCUUGACCCCCUCGAGCUCCACCGACAGCAUGAGUCGCUAUGCUUCGGCGCAGAACCUCCAAGAGCUUGAUAGGAGCGAGCAGGAUGAGGACGGAGAUGAUGACAACGGGGACGAAAUGAUCGAUGCAAAGGCUGAAGAGUUCAUCGCUCGUUUCUACGAGCAGAUGAGGCUUCAGCAUCUGAAUUCAAUCAAUAGUUAAUUCGUAAUACAGAGACGAACGGCAACGAGGAGGGGUCGCCAGUAAUAUCGCUGUAGUUUCAUGAAAUCAUGGUUCAUGGGUCUUCUCUUUCUUCUUAUUUAAUUCGUCUUAUGUCUUAUACGUAUGUGAUAAGUGACAAUA